AUGAAUUUUUUAAAUAUUUAUACCACAAGAAAAUCAAAUAACAAAUGGACUGCAUAUAAAAAUUUGGAUCUUCCUAUGACUGUUAGUGUAAAAAAAUAA